AUGGUACAGAGAGUUCAGAGGAAGAUCAUGAGGCUGGAUAAAAGCAAAGAGAAGGCCUCAUUUGGGCGGAGAUCAACACGCACACUUCGUCAUAAACAAUGGUCAUCAAUUUUCCAGUUUAAAACUGGUGAUACCUUCAAUGUUAUAGCUCAGCUUUUUGUGACUUUGACAGCUACGUCUUCUGUCCUACUCCAGCAUAGUGGAAAAAAUACGAAUCAAAAACCAGAAAUUACGAUAAUAUGGACCCCACUUUGUCCUAUUAAUCACGCCAUUACUCUCGGCUUUUCUUCCUUCAAAACCCCACUCCUCCACCUGAAAUCCCCCGCCACUUCCACACUUUGUUCAUCAGAAACGCUCAAAGCGAAGAUGCCUCCUCUCGCAGCUUGCUUUCUUCUUCUUUUCUGUCUCCCUCUCAUUGUUUCCUGCGUCGCAGUUCUAGACCCUGAGCUAGUUGUACAAGACGUGCACAGAAGAAUCAAUGCCUCUAGAAGAAAUUUGGGGUAUUUAUCAUGUGGCACCGGCAACCCCAUCGACGACUGCUGGAGGUGCGACCCGAACUGGGAGGGGAACCGGCAGAGGCUAGCCGACUGCGCCAUCGGGUUCGGCAAGGACGCCAUGGGAGGAAGAAACGGUCGAGUCUAUGUGGUGACAGACUCCGGAGACGACGACCCGGUGAACCCUAAGCCAGGAACUCUGAGACAUGCCGUCAUACAAGACGAGCCGUUAUGGAUUAUCUUCAAGAGAGACAUGGUGAUAACCCUAAAGCAAGAGCUGGUGAUGAACUCGUUCAAGACCAUUGACGGAAGGGGAGCGAGUGUUCACAUUGCAGGCGGCGGAUGCAUAACGAUACAUUACGUUAGCAACAUUAUCAUUCACGGCAUUCACGUUCAUGAUUGUAAGCCCACCGGGCACGCCGAUAUCAGAGACUCUCCUCGCCACUAUGGGUGGUGGACGGUGUCCGACGGGGACGGAAUCUCCAUAUUUAAUUCCAGGCAUAUCUGGGUGGACCACUGCUCGCUCUCUAAUUGCCGCGACGGGCUCAUUGACGCAAUCCAUGGAUCCACAGCCAUCACUAUCUCCAACAACUACAUGACCCACCAUGAUAAAGUCAUGCUCUUAGGCCACAGUGAUUCUUACACUCAGGACAAGGACAUGCAGGUCACUAUCGCCUUCAAUCACUUCGGAGAAGGCCUCGUGCAGAGAAUGCCAAGGUGUAGGCACGGGUAUUUUCAUGUGGUGAACAAUGAUUAUACACACUGGGAAAUGUAUGCGAUAGGUGGGAGUGCGAAUCCUACCAUAAACAGCCAGGGGAAUAGGUUUCUGGCACCAGAUAACAGGUUUAGUAAGGAGGUGACGAAGCACGAGGAUGCCGCAGAAGGAGAGUGGAUGAACUGGAACUGGAGAUCAGAAGGUGACUUGUUCUUGAACGGAGCUUAUUUCAGGCAAUCUGGUGCCGGCGCUUCUUCAAGCUACGCUAGGGCUUCAAGUCUCAGCGCCAGACCUUCUUCUCUUGUUGGCUCCAUGACCAUGACUGCUGGUGUACUCACAUGCAGGAAGGGCAUGAGUUGCUGAUAUAUAUGACACUAUAACUGUUGGGAAAGCAAGCGAAAGUUAACCAUAAGAAACCAGAAAAAUCAGUUUCGUCUGGGAUUGGUGGCUUUCAUUUGCCAGCAGUUUCACUAGUUAUUUGUUUUAUUUUACAAGUCAUAACCUCUAGCUUUUGCUUUUCAAAAUUUGUGUGGUGCGAAUAGCAACACACACACAUAUUGGUAACAUAGGUCUGUGCAAUGGAAAGCAAGGGCAGCAAGUGUUGUUGGUUUUGAUUCAAUGAUAUUUCAACUUUUCAUGUGCAC